UCCACUUUACACCUAAAACACUUUAGGUGUUUUUAGACCUAAAUCAGCUCUCGCAGCUCAUCCCAACGGGAGGAGAGAGGUUUGAACCGAUCGGACAGCGUCGUGCUGCAGAUCCGAGCUGGUGAAUGUGUGAGUGCAUUAUUCAAAGCGCGCUGCGCAUCACACAGCUCAUUAGGGUUCAGUAUAAAUAAGGCCGCAGACGGGACAGCUCGGCCUGUCCUGCCGCUGAUGUCGGAGAGCUAAAGGCAUAGAGGUUAAAAGCCUUUGGAAAGCUGCAAGCUGCUCCAACAUGCACACACUGUGACCCACCUCACGGAGGGGACUGUACUCGAACCGGACCCACGGAGAGACCCCGCAGAUCUCACGGUGUAGCGCAGAUAGUCUAUGGUUUAUGAACGCAGUGAAGAUCCUCCAAGGAGAUUUGAUGUUUUUUGAGACUUUGUUUGAAUGGCACUCGGCCCGACCUAGGCAGGCUGCUGCUACCUUUAUGGGACGGUGAAGGUGUCUUGUUUUUAUUUUCUUCUUUUUUUGUUUUUCCUCCUAACAUCCACACUUCCUGCAGCUCCAGCGGAGAAACAGAUUCUCUCUCCGGGUUGUUUUGGUUUUUCCGAUGGGGGGAAGGCGAAGUGUUUUUGGGGGAUUAUGCCUCAAGCACCUGUGCAGAUUAUACAGUAUGUAUGUAAAUAUGGUUGUCUGGAGCCGCUGGGUUCUGAACUGGGCUUCUGUACCUUCCCAGACAUGUUUGAUUUUCUCUUGUGGUGUCUGUGUGGAGCGUGCCACACACCCACUCCACAACAACGACGGCUUUUGCUUGCAUCUUCCAGUGUUUCUUCUGUCAGCAAGUUCAGCAGAGCUGCAACUCUUCCAGUGCCAGCCCUGACACCAGUGAGGAGCCCUGCCCCACUGACAUGGUGAAGAUGACCAAGUCUAAGACCUUCCAGGCUUACCUGCCAUCCUGCCACCGCACCUACAGCUGCAUCCACUGCCGGGCACAUCUGGCCAACCACGACGAGCUCAUCUCAAAGUCAUUUCAAGGCAGUCAAGGAAGAGCCUAUCUGUUUAAUUCAGUGGUGAAUGUCGGCUGCGGGCCAGCGGAGGAGCGGGUACUCCUCACAGGUUUACAUGCUGUGGCUGAUAUCUACUGUGAAAACUGUAAAACCACCCUGGGUUGGAAAUAUGAGCACGCGUUUGAGAGCAGUCAAAAGUACAAAGAGGGAAAGUUCAUCAUUGAGCUGGCUCACAUGAUCAAGGACAACGGAUGGGAGUGACGCUCUGGCCGUGCUAUGUCUUUUUCUGACCUUGGAAUGCUCUUUAAUGAACUGCGUGGAGUGUCGACCAUCGACCCCCCUGCCCCUCCCCAACCGCCCGCCCGCACCCCAUCACCCUUAAAAAAAACCUCCACGACCUCCACCCCUCGCCUCCUUCACGUGCACACACCCACCGGCUCAUCGUGAAACUGAACAGAACAAAUGACAAAAAAGAAAAAUGACGACGAGGAAGUGGAGCAACUGUUGAAAAAUCACGUCACAGGAGUCCUGUCGUUACUUUAAAGAUUGUGUGUUCUCCCUCGCAGCUCCGGAGCUUUUGGGUUUGACCCUUACCCACUCACCCUCACCCCUCCCUCCCCUGCCCACACCGAACCACGCUUACAAGUGAUUGUGGUGAUAUGGCGACCACUAUGCGAAUGGAGAUAGACUUCACUGAAAGGACAUUUCUUUGUUUUCUUUAUUUCGCCCAUCCAGCGAGACGAAUGACUUUGAUGACUUUUGUUAUUUUAAUGUUAUUUGCUAUAGUUUUAACUCCCGGGUUUGGUAAGGUUUUGGUUUGAUGGCAGAUGGAUGUUACUGGUUAGCAUUUUAUUUCCCUGUCAAGUCUGUCAUGUUUUGUUUUGUUUGUCUUUUGGCUUGUUGUAUCUUUGCCCGUAGCUGAGAGCAUGUAUUUCUUUGCUGUUGUCCAAAUGAGCAAUCAGGGACGGGUGAGGAGCGGAGGGGAAAGGGAGUUUAUCGUAGUUUUAAAUAUGUAGCAGCAUCAUGCUUUUUUUUUUUUUUAAAGAAAGUGUAAAAGGAUGGGAUUGCAGUAGUGUGGGAUUUUCUUCCUGGUAUUGAUUUCCGUUUUUAUUUUUUUUUCUUUCUGGUUUUUUUUCUCCCUUAUUUCCCCCCCUUCUGGUACUUUUCAGCACCCAAAAAGCAUUGAAAGCAGCACCUAGUAUUUGUUUGAUAUAUAUAUAUAUAUAUAUAUGAACACACAUAUAAAUAUAUAAAUAUUUGUAGUGUUUGGCUAAAUGCGAUUGUGGCUGGUCCCAUUUUGCAGCAGUACCAUAAGUGAAAAAGACAUGAAAAGGAGCAGAAAUAGUUUCUAGACUGGGGAACCUGAAGUCAGUGUCCACAUGUCAUAAAACAUUAGGGCAGACUGUAUUAUUCCAUUGUCUAGUAAUGAAACAAUAAGAGACACAACUACAUAUGAAUAUAAAUACACAUACUAUGAUUACAUAUCCAUAAAUACUAUGAAAAUGUUCUUAGUACGUAGAUAUUGGAACAUGGAUUCUAUAUAUAUAUUUGCUGUCAUGCACAUAUGUAUAUAUGCAUAUGACUGUGUGUAUAUAUGCAUUGUGUGUGUGUGCUCACGCAUUACACAGUGGCAUACUUGAACAAUGCUACUUCGUUUGCACUUUGUAGAGGCCUUUGGUUCAUCUCAGUUUAGAGGCAAAAAGUUUGUUCGCUCUCGUCUGUUUUUUAAUGGCCUUCUCACAGAUGAAUGACAGAUUGUUGGAAAGAAGGUUUGAGGGUUUUGUCUUCUCCAUUAAGACUGUAGUGUGUUUAGCAGGUGUCUGUUAGAUACUUCCAGACAAUUUGGUUAGAUUUUAUUUAAUUUGUAUCGACAAAUCCUGCUUUUCCUCUCAGUUCUUGCUUCAUUUGGAACCCCCCUUUUGGAGAGAAAAGUGUAGUUUCAGAUUCUUUGCUGCUAUCCGAGAAAUCCCGCCAUUUCUUCCCGCUCUUGUAGGUCUUUUGCACUUUAUGCUUAUCCGUCUUUCUCUCAGAGUACAUGAAUUGUCUCUUUGUGGAAGGUGUCUGUGAUUUGCCUCUAAGCCGUAUGAAUCUUGUGCCUCUUCAAAACAUGAACGGCCUCCCCUCCUUUUUUCUGUUGUGCAGUGCAUAACUCCGAAAACCGUCAUGUGAACCAAUGUGUCUUCCCCCCUUCUGGUUCAAAGUGGCCCUCAAAAUAACGUUCUUUACCAAAAUCCUCAAAGAGCUCUUCCCUGUUUUUUUUUUUUUUUUGAACAACAGAGACUUGGUAUACAUACACUCAUAUAUUUUCUAUGUUAAAGAUUUAGAGGUGCAAAAAGAAUGGAUAUUCAGUAUAUUAUUUCUUUAUUUCAGUAAAGCAGAGAGGACGAUGUUUGGACAAUGCGGGAUGCCCAGGGCUUGUUGUUUGACUUUUUAUUGGAAGAAUAAAAACGAUAUCAGCAGGUCAAGGUGGGGCAGGGUGGGAUGGGAGAGAUUUAAAAAUCAGCAGUGAUUGAUUACUUUGCCGGCAAGGUCAGUCAGAUCACACGACCUUUUAUCCUAAAAACAAUGACAAUGCAAACCCUUAAUAGUUAGCAGUGAUACCUACUUGAAAAUAUAAAGACACAAACAGCUGAGAUAUUGGCCCGUGUUACAGUUUUUGUACAUAAAGUAACAUAUUUAAGGUUUUAUACGUAUUUCUACUGGGUUAGUUGUUUUACUUCCCCAACUUGAAGCACUUUUGUUCACUGUACCUCUGGCUGUGUGUGCG